AUGGCCGGGAUAAGGGAGGCCGUCAUAAAUACCACAAAAGAAAAUGCUACGACGAAAACUCUUCGAAAACAUCCCCCUCCAGGAAUUCUCCCAAGCAUUUGCAACAAGACCUACAAACAUCCCAGCAGUGAUUUAGUUAUAGAAGUAGGUACCAGGAUAAAUCUACCAGUCUACGCUAUACACAGAGAUCCAGAUUACUUCGCAGAUCCAGACAAGUUUGAUCUAGAGAGAUUCAGCGAUAAAAACAAGGCAAACAUGACGCCAUUCUCGUAUAUGCCUUUUGGAGAAGGACCUCGCACGUGUACAGGAAUGCGGUUUGGAAAGCUACAGGCUAAAGUAGGAUUGUGCUGCGUAUUACGAAACUACAAAGUGACGUUGAACGAGAAAACUAAAGUACCGAUAACCUACCGUUCUGGUUUUGUUUCAGCUGUUGAAGGAAGUCUCUGGGUAAAUUUAGAGCCUCUUAAAAUGUAA